CGCGUCACGCGUCCUGCUAACCGGAAGCAUAGACAGGGCGAUUGUUGUUUGGGAACGGCGACAGCGAUGUUUUAAAUGUGGAGUGGAGUUAUUGUAAUCGUUUUGAGCUUGUAAUAGCGGUCCACAGCACGGCCGCAUAACUGUAUAAUUCUCCGCUACAUCAUGGCCGGGUGUUUUUAGUCGUUUUUAUUGUGUCUCGUGGUUUUGUCUUUAGCGCGAGCGGAGUGUUUUCGGAGGGUCGCUAGCUAGCUAAGCUAAUCGAAUGUAAACAAGCAGAGGUUCAGCUGUGCGAUCCUGUAGGGGAAAAGAGGGCGAAUCGGAGAGGUGCACUGAUGACAGCGAGUGAUAUGAUUUAUUCCAUCUGUUUCGCAUUAAAAGCUCGAGCUGCCAUCGUUCUUUAGGAGAGAUAGAAGAGAUUGCGUGUAAUAUUGAGGAGGACACCUCCCUCCAUCCCUCCCUCCCUUCUUUCUUUCUUUCCUUCCUUCCUUCCUUCCUUCGCUUCUACAUUUGCUAUCUGCAGCACUUAGGCUGAUACCGUAAGACAACUUCUGCAGUUGGUGCUAUUUAUAGCUUAUAUAGAGUUUCAGAUGGAAUAACAGUGAAAGCAGUACAGAAACCGGUUUGUGAAAUACGCAGAGCAGUCCACGUCUCAAUCACGUCAUAGAAUGAACUAAGUACAUGAAGAGAUUUUGAGAGUUUGAGCUACAAGGACGUCUUAUAUUGCUUGGGGUGUAGAGUUUAAAGCUGUUGGAGAAGGACGCCUGUCAUGGCCCAUCAGCAGAUGCCCAGCUCCCAGAAGGCACUAAUGCUGGAGCUCAAGUCUCUGCAAGAGGAACCUGUCGAGGGCUUUCGCAUAACGCUGGUGGCAGAAUCAGACCUGUACAACUGGGAGGUGGCCAUAUUUGGACCCCCGAACACACUUUACGAGGGGGGAUACUUUAAGGCCCAUAUAAAGUUCCCCAUCGACUACCCGUACUCGCCACCAACCUUCCGCUUCCUAACCAAGAUGUGGCACCCAAACAUAUACGAGAAUGGCGAUGUGUGUAUUUCCAUCUUGCAUCCUCCCGUGGAUGACCCUCAGAGUGGAGAGUUACCCUCGGAGAGGUGGAACCCUACACAGAAUGUCAGAACUAUAUUGCUGAGCGUGAUCUCGCUGCUGAAUGAGCCCAACACGUUUUCCCCAGCUAACGUGGAUGCUUCGGUCAUGUUCCGCAAAUGGAGAGACAGCAAGGGAAAGGACAAGGAGUAUGCUGAGAUCAUAAGGAAGCAGGUGCUGGCAACGAAGGCAGACGCUGAUCGGGACGGCGUGAAGGUGCCCACUACACUGGCCGAAUAUUGCAUCCAGACCAAAGUGCCUUCCCACGACAGCAGCUCUGACUUGCUUUACGACGACCUGUACGAUGACGACAUCGAGGAAGAGGACGAUGACGACGACGAAGCAGAGGCCUGCGGGCCGGCUGGGGACAUGAGCGCAGACUGCUACGGCGACGAAGAGGACUCUGGGAACGAGGAGUCUUGAUGCCGUGAUGUUGACCCUUCCCCCUUUUCCACCCCACCCCUCUCUGUGUCUGUUCAAGCUGCUGAUCUUUUACAGUUUGCCUGAAGCAUCAUUUCUCCCUUCUGCACACCUGCUGCGUGAGGUGUAACCCUGCACUGGGGUUUUAGAGCCCCAAUAAUGAGCCCUGGCAGAGCCUUUCGAGCAAGAACAGCACUCUUAACACCACUUUCAUUACUCUGUUUAAAGAAAAUUGUUUUAAAGGUAGUCCUCUGGGUUUACCGAUUUACAGAAUAAAGGAGUAGUUCAGUAAUAAAAAUCUAAUUCUCCGUUUACCGCAAAUGUACUUGAUCAGUUUGGUGUUCGUUUGGUGUUCUUCUUUAGCUUUGGUAUCGGAGCUGUUAGGCUAAUGUACGUAACGUGUACCAGAAGUAAUGGCACACAGACUUGUAAUUGUGGAUUAGGACACAGUAUGACUUUCUUUAAUCUGUAAACAUGAACAAAAUUUGAGUGUGGCCGAAUGUCCGUAUUGGGGGGAAAACAUAAUUUUUCUUUUUCUUAGUACUUUGGUUUUGUACCAUUCUACCUCUUAGGCACCACCUCCCAAAAUGUGAAAGCAGAAUUGUACUUGACCAGGUUUACCGAAUAUAGUUCCACUAAACUGUUUAUUAUUAUUAUUAUUAUUAUUAUUAUUAUUAUUAUUAUUGAUUACCUGCUUUUUAAAAAAUCUUAAUUUAUUUGAAGGUGAGAGGACGUAUCUUAAUGAUUUUAUUUAAAGCAACUUUCUAAAGAUUUGUAUAUGCAUUCACAGAUUAGAUCGUGGAUCGAGAGUUUCCUUGUUAGCUGAACAUCAGACGCCAAACGGUCCUGUCUGAUCAACCACAUUUUGGGUAAAAAUUUCAUUUUGAUGAAUUCUUUCUUUAAAAAUAAGUCACAUUAAUAACCACAGACCAGUCACACUUUCCCAGCAUCCAUCUUCCUCAGCCUGCCUCGAAACCUCAGGGCUUUUGGAUACUCGCUCCUUCCAGUCCAGUCAUUUCUUGGGUCUCCAUUGAAAUUCCCUAGCAUCCUCUCCAAUGUCUGUUUUGUUUCCUCUCCCCAAACACCCCCCCCCCCCCCCCCCCCCCCCAUUAUGUUCCUGAAUUAUCCUUUAGCAGUAGCAGGUGACUCUUACUUCCUCCUCUGUUUUCAUAUUCCAACAAACCCCGAACGCUCGAGUGCCACUCAAACUGUCUGUGUAUAAUGACUGAUUUACUCUGCUUUCAUAUAGUUUUCCAGGUAAGUAUUUGCGACGGAAGGAGGAAAUGGUAAGAAAGGGUUUCGUUGCAUGCGAGUCACACCUUCUUUCGAGUCUUUUGAGCCAUUCAAUUCAAGUGUCAAAGGUGGUGAUGAAGUUAGUUUUAAGGUGCUACUGCAGUAUAAACUCAAAAUUAUCGCAGCAUCAGCAUGGACCUCAGUAUCUCAGCUAAAGAUGGAUCAGUUAGUUAGUUAGUUUAGUUAGAAACUUGGUAGGCAGACUUCUGUUAUGAUGAAGAUGCUGUUAAGUGAACGCAUCCAACUUUUGGCCCUUUUUUUUUAAAAAAAAAAGAGAGAGAAAGAGAGAGAGAGAGGAAAUAGACAUGAUUGUUGCUGGUGAUGAUUUAACUGUGCACAAAAUCAAAGUAUAUGCAUUUAGUUGCACCGUGGAUUGGUUGCACCUAACCAUUGCUGUUUUAUUUUCUAUUGCGUUUGAUUUUGUAUCCGAGCUGACUUUGUUCCAAUAGUUUUGACUAUGAACUUGAUUUUACCAGCUGUUCAGGUCUGGGGUUGGAGAUUACAGACUGCCAAGGACACUUGGCUCAUCCUGAUGUCUUGAAGAGCCCUGUUCAGUCCAGACCUAAAAUUUUUGCUUUGUCAGAGCUUUUUUUUUUUUUCUUUCUUUCUUUUUUUUUUCUCCCCGCCAUGAGCAUGCAUGUGUGUUUGUUUUAAUGUGUUUUAUAUAAUGUGUCUUUUUGAAUUUAGGCACAAACUGUGCCCUUACUAAAGCUGGGAUGUGAACUUUAAUGCGCACGGGGUCUUCGGCACACCCUCGCUGUAUCCCAGCAAAUUAGCCAAGGACGCUGACGAUGUUCCGGUUCGUAGGAACUCUAAAGAGGAGACAUGCAAAUCUGGUGGGACAAUACUCAGCACUCUGAAAAUGAGCUGGGGCUAAUGGACAACCUUUCAGCCUCUUAAUUGUUCUUGGAAUAAAGCGGCUUGAAAAACGUUUGCGUUCACAGUGGGACAACUGGAGACACUGCGUACAGACCGUACAUAAAAAAAAAAAAUGCAAUUUUAAAGAGGAUGAUUUAAAUUCCUAUGAAUCAUCUAAAUGACUCCUUAUACCUUGGAAACACUCUCGUGACUUUGCUCAGCCAUGGAUCGUCUAUUAUUAUUUGUGUGUCAUGGGUGUGUUUUGGAAAUGUUCACCACUGUUAAGGAUCUCUCGUCACACAACGCAGACACAAACUCGCAAUCUUUUACCAUGCCUUAUUAAGGAUGCUAAAUGAUUUCAUCAUGGUUUGCUUUAAAUUCCUUUUGUUUCUCUUAUUGUAGUGUUGUAACAAACCGAACCACAUUAAACAGUUAUUCACUUAAGAAAGAAAAAAAAAAAAAAAACCUUUUAUUAUUACUACAGGUGUGCAUUGCAAUGUCAAAAAAAACAACAA